AUGGAUGCAAUAAUACAUGGAAAUGUCCAAGCUGAUGAUAUUCGUUAUUUUUUAUGGAAUAGAGAUACGAAUCAAGAAAGAAUUAGCAUAAAUAAUUAUGGUAAUAAUAUUGAUAGAAAUGCCCCAGUUAAAAUUUUAAUCCAUGGUUGGAUGCACGAUAUUAACUCUUUUUGGUACUCAAAUACACGACAAGCUUACGUGGCCAGCGGGGCGAACGUAAUCGCAAUAGAUUGGUCCAGACAUUCCCAACAAAUUGUGGCGAUAUCGAUAAAUCGUCUUCCUAAUUUAGGAGAAUUCGUAGCUAAAUUUGUUCUUGGGUUAUCCGAAUCCCAAGGAAUACCCAUGACCAGGAUUCACAUUCUUGGACAUUCUUUAGGUGCCCAUCUAGCUGGAUUUGCGGGUAAAUCAACUCAAAGAAUGGGGGGAAGAACGUUAGGUAGAAUAACUGGGUUAGAUCCAGCUGAUAUCGGAUUUACAAACGCCGUUAGUACACAAAGAUUGGAUAAAAGCGAUGCUGAAAGGGUUGAUACCAUUCUUACGGAUGCCGGAAUUGGAGGAGCUGGGAUUAAUCGGUCUUUGGGGCAUGUUAAUUUUUGGCCAAAUGGUGGAAUAGCUGUGCAACCAGGAUGCUUCUAUUAUCCUUGUAGCCAUAAUAGGGCACCGAUAUAUUUUACUGAAGGAAUUUUGUCGGAUCUUUUUGUAUCUACUCUUUGCUCUUCUUAUACACAAUACUUUUGGGGAACGUGUAGAAAUAAUCCAAGAAAUAUUAUGGGUGAAAGAACAAAUUUUCAAGUUACAGGAGAUUUUUAUUUAACAACGAAUGUUAGGUCACCUUUCGCUAGAGGAUAA